AUGGACGCCUUCAAACAGAACGAAAUCCUACGAAUGCAAUACGGCGGUAACAAAGCAUGGCAAAACUUCUACAACAAGAACUCGCCCAUAUCUUUCGAUGAGUCUACCAUCAAAGAGCGCUACGACAGCGAGAUUGGAGAGGAGUGGAAAGAGAGACUGACCGCACAAGUCGAGGACCGCGAGUUCGACAAGGCAGCAUUCCUCAAGGAGAGACAAGCCAUCCUACAGAAACAAGCCAGUCGGACAGCAACGCCGGUCGGCGGAGUAAGAGGCAGCAGUGUAGGAAGUGGUCCUGGAGGCCGAACGGUAUCACCUGCGCCGGGCAAGGCUGGCCUCACAGCCGAGCAGAAGGCACAAAAUGAAGCAUAUUUCGCUCGCAUGGGUGACGCCAAUGCCUCGAGACCUGACAACUUGCCUCCAAGUCAGGGUGGAAAGUUCGCUGGUUUCGGUAGCGCGGCACCCGAGCCACGACAGUCGUCGGCCGGCGGUAUCCCCAGUGCAGACGAGUUCUCGAAAGAUCCUGUCGGCGCCCUGACGAAGGGGCUCGGCUGGUUCAGUGCCGCGGUCGGAAAGCAGGCCAAGAUCGUGAACGACUCGUACAUCCAGCCUACGGCCAAGAAUAUCGCAUCGACCGACUUCGCCGCACAAGCACGACAGGCCGCGCUCGUAGCAGGCAAAACUGUCCAGAGUGGCGCGAAAGGCGCGGCGGACACCUUGACCAAGUUUGUCGAGGGCCAGGAUGAACAGGCUAGCCGCGCUGCUGCGGCCAAGGGCGGGGAACCUGAGCGCAAGGACUUCUGGGAUAGCUUUGGCGCUGGGGGUGGCGCCGGGGGUGGUGCUGGUGGUGCGUCCAAGUCUGGCGGCAGUCUUGGGACCAGUGCGAUGAAAAAGCCUACGUCGGGACCUCAGACGAAGUCGAAGGAGGAUGGCUGGGGAGACGACUGGUAG